AUGCCGGCGCUCCGGCUUCUGGGGCGUAAAUGGCUGGCCGCCUCAGAUGAUCUCGUGUUUCCGAGUAUAUUCGAACUUCUUUUCCGUUUUGUCUGGUUAGUUCUCAUCGCUUUAGUCGUUGAAGUAUUUUAUCCCAUAACAUGGCAGUGUCAGAGCGAUGGCUGGCAUGGGGGUGCCUUCGUUCGACUCUACUUGUGCGGUACUUUGGCACUGCAGGCGUGUCUUAUGUUGUUGCUCGCAGCACUAGCGCAACAGUCUGCCAGAGGCACCAUCACAGAAACCGAAGCCAGGAAACUGGUUUCACCUUUACUAUUACUUAAAGUAUUUCUUGUGCUGCCAGAAGUGGCGCUGAACGUAAUGGGGACCAUGUGGAUGUUUUGUGAAGUCGUACAUUGUUCGGUAGCGGACACGUUCUCUAGUGUUGUCAUACAAAGUAUAGUGUUAUUCAAUUGGGUCCAACUGGCACUAACAGUAUUCGGGUUGUUUAUGGUUUUUGAUCCUCUUGGAUCUGUAAACUAUGGGGACAUGCAGGACACACCCAACCAGGUGCGUCACCAUAGAAAGGUGACCGGUCUCUGGUCGAGGCGGUUUAGGUGGGCAUUUUGCUGGCUGAAGAGAGAUGAACAUGGCAAAGAAGCUUUUCAACAAGUAGCAGCACUGCUCAGUGCUUUGUUCAGGUCUACGGACCUGGUCCCGUCUGACGUGGUCGCCGGUUGCGUCCUGCUCCGAGUGCGUCAGAAACGCGAGACGAGAGAAAUGCGUCGCAUACAAAUGCUAAACGACGAAGAACCGAUUUACACAACUGACGUCAACAAAGUAUUCUCCGAAACGCCGCCGUGGAUGAAUUUAAAUGAUGCAUUGCACUACUUAAGGUUAUCGAUCGCAGCAUACGGUUGGCCAUACGUGUUGUACCGGCAUUGUCUCACCGGCUUCUGCAAAUUGGCCCGCCAUUUGACCUGUUGUUGCUGUCGGCCAAAGAACUCAAUAGUAACGGAUGAUAAUUGCUGCCUUUGCCAUUUCGCCGGAGUCAAAUACAUGUCAAAGUUAUCCGCGGAUGAUAUCAUCUUCGCUUCGUUCAACAAUCGAGUCUUUGAAUUGCCAUUCUGUGUGAUAUCGGAUCACGAUAGAGAAAGUAUAGUAGUGGCAAUACGAGGAUCCAUAUCUUUAAGAGAUAUCUUUACGGACUUCACGGCUGGGUCCGAAAAGUUUGAGGCUGAUGGUGUACCAGAAGAUACGGCGGCGCAUAAGGGUAUGUCCAUGGGAGCCGCUAAGAUGUUGAGGCGUCUAUUGCCAGUUCUCGACCGAGCGUUCGCGCAAUAUCCGCAUUAUGACUUAGUUCUCACAGGUCACAGUCUUGGAGCUGGAGUAGCAGUACUAGUCGCCUUAAAGUUAAGGCCAAAAUAUCCACAUCUAAAAGUUUUUGCAUUUUCAACCCCAGCGGGUUUAAUAAGUCGAGAAGCUGCGAGGUUUACAGAGAGCUUCGUCAUGACAAUCGGAGUUGGCGAUGAUUUGGUAAUGAGACUCAGUGUUCACAGCAUAGAAAACCUAAGGACCAAAGUCAUACAGACAAUACAUGCUACGAAACUGCCGAAAUAUCGAAUAAUGCUAAACGGUUUCGGCUACGCGUUGUUCGGGGUACCUGCUCGAGACCUGGAGUCCACGUGGCGGCGACCCGAGGACCUGGAGGCCAACAACUCGGAGGAUUCGGACGCGCUGCUCGGUCAGGGCGUGUCCACCGUGAGUGCUGAAGCGGCGCUAGUGUCGCGAAAUGUUUUCGCGCGUCGGUUUUCAUCUGCACGCCUCUUCACGCCGGGCAGAAUCCUGCAUAUUGUAAGACGCAAGCGCAUGGGAAUCGAAAACAACGAAGAUGAUGAAGAAGGGAAAGUGCGCACGCAGGAGCCGACUUACGAAAUGAGGUGGGCGUGUGCUGAAGACUUCAUGGAAUUACAAGUGAUGCCCAGGAUGCUCUUAGACCACUUGCCAGAGAACGUACAUCGCACCAUACAAACAGUUAUUGAAGAAAAACAUUCAUAUCGCGUCACUCAAGUAGUUUAGAUAGACGCUUUCGUCUAAAUUGAAAGUGUCCUGGUUGUGUCUCUGGCAGUCUGGCCUACGACAUAGAGACUAAGCGUUAGAGUGUAUAUACCUACGUAAGAAAAAAUAAACUGGUUUUUUAAAUAAAACUUGUUAGUAAAAUUACUUAUAUAAA